AUGGGAAACAAAGCUACAACAACGGUGAAAGAAGAACGCGAAGAGAUCCAUUUGAAGAUUGUACCUCCAUUGGACAGAGAUUUUGUGCGUUGGCUUGCAAGAGAUCUCCAGAGAGUUCAUUGUUUCAAACCGAAGAACAACAACACUCGUGCCAUCACUCCUCCAGAUCGAUACAUUGAGUUCAUGCGGUUGAAUGGAUUGCUUGAUGUGGAUUUGGAUGACCCUGAUCUUGCCCAUCUGUUCAAGGUGGAAUUAUCGAGAUUCGCUCCGAUGUCUGAGUUUCAGCAAGAUUCUGAGCAAUAUCCACCUUCCAAGCGGCAGUAUCAUCAUUCCGUGGCUUCUAUGAAGCCUCCGUUAGUUGCUCCCGGCGAGUAUCACCGGUUUGACGCGGCGGAGACUCGCGGAGGUGGAACUCCUGAUCAGGCUGCUGAGGCGAUCGUUAUUAAAUCUGCUCUGAAGCGUAAGACAGAUAUGGUAAACCAAAUAGAUGAGCCCAGUGAAUUGAAUACGGGUGUUCUCCAAACACCUGUAUCAGGGAAAGGAGGGAAGCCCAAAAAGUCAUCUAGGUCAGUCAAGUCUAAUAAAACUGGAACGCUAGCUUCUGGCUCUAAUGCAGGUUCUCCUGGAAACAACUUUGCACAGGCGGGUACUUGUCGGUAUGAUAGUUCGCUAGGUCUUUUGACGAAGAAAUUUAUCAAUUUGAUAAAACAAGCAGAAGAUGGUAUUCUUGAUCUGAAUAAAGCAGCUGAUACAUUAGAGGUACAAAAGAGACGGAUAUACGAUAUAACCAACGUGUUAGAAGGAAUAGGUUUGAUUGAGAAGACGCUCAAGAAUAGGAUUCAGUGGAAGGGACUCGAUGUCUCAAAACCAGGAGAAACAGUCGAAAGCAUAGCUAACUUACAGGAUGAAAUACAAAACCUCACAGCUGAGGAGGCAAAGUUAGAUGACCAAAUCAGAGAAUCCCAAGAAAGAUUAACAAGCUUGAGCGAAGAUGAGAACAAUAAAAGGUUACUGUUUGUUACUGAAGACGACAUCAAGAACCUACCAUGCUUCCAGGUUUGA